AUGGAAAAUUUCACUAGUUUAUUAAAUAGUGCUGAAUUUGAAUUUGAUGGAAAUGCGCCGACGGAUUCAGAAAUUAACUCAGAAAUGAACGAUUUGUUAUUGAAUAACGAUUUUAUAAAUGUAUUAAUUCAACUUAAAGGCGAUUGUUUCUUUCAAGAAUUUACAAAUUUUGGCAUGUCUGUCGAGAGCCUAAAAUACACGAAGAGUAAACAUUUGGAUGAAUUGUGUCCAAAAAGUAAAUACGGGCAGAGAAUAAUUUUUGAAAAAAAUUUAAUAAAUUGGCAGGCCAAGUAUAAUAUUAUUGAAAAAAAUACAUCUGUAACCUGCUCAUCAGAUUAUAGCCUUACAAGUUCUGAGGAAGAUUCUGAAUCAUUAACUAAUUCCAAUCAUAUAAAUCUUCAGGAUAAUGAUCAUGAAACAUAUUUUAUUAGUAUUUCAAAACAAAAACCCAAAGGUAUUUUAUACCAAAAAUACCACAAUACCGUCUCCAAACUACGCAAACAUAAUCUUUGGGAUCAUUCUACUGCAUCAUCAUCAAGUUUAACAUCAACUGCACAUAAUGAUAAAACUGCUCUAUUGUCUGCACCACCAAAGGAAAUUGGCAAGUAUCUAUAUAAAUAA